CUGCCCUCCGGGGCCCCGCGACCAGGUGAGCAUCGAGCCGCGAGCCAGUGGGGAGGCGAGCGAGCAGGAUGGAGGAAGCACCGCAGGAGGCCGCGGCCGAGGUAGCCGAGCCCUGGCUGAGCAAGUGGGAACGCCAGUGCCUGGCCGAGGCCGAGCAGCGGGAGCAGCUGGCUCCGGAGCUGCAGGAGGCGGGAGCCGCGGCCGCCUCGGGGCUGCAAGGCGAGCGGCAGAAGCUGUGGCAUCUCUUCCAGCUGUCAGCCAGCGCGGUGGCCCAGCUCUACCAGAACGUAGGGGGCGCCCAGCCAGCACUGUCCAUGUGGGACCUUUUCCAGCACGCGGCCGUGGCCGUGACCAGCCUGUACAAGGAGAGCGGCGAAGCCCACCAGCGAAGUUUUGACCUGGGCGUCCAGCUGGGCUGCCAACGGCGCAGCAAAGAUUUGCUGGAGUGGGCCAGGAAGGGCCGCAGUACCAUCUACCGCGAAGAGCUCAUCAGUUUCCUCUGUGGCAAGGGCCCCCCCACGCCGUGCACCCCCAGGCUGCCACAGAAGCCUGCUGCCAGCGGGGCUCAGCAGGCCCAGGAGACCAGCUCCUCGGGCGACGUGGAUCUCCGGCCUUUCCACGAGGCCAACGCCCAGCAAGGCUUGAGCGGGAUCCGGGGGAGCAUUGGUGGCGUGUACCCCGGGGCUCCCGGCUCGCCGGUCCAGGCCAACGGGGUGACUGACCUCAGAAAUGACCUCCCCCGGGAGGAUGGUCUGGGUGCCGGCGAUGCUGCAGGAGAGGUGGCCCUAGGCCUGGACCGUGCAGGGAGCCGCAAACGCACUUCGGCCCAGUUUGGAGGUGACAUCUUCGACGCCCCGAUCUUCAAGCGCAACCGACUGCUUUAAAGGCCUUGUAAGGGCCCCCUCCUCCUGGUUGCAAGCUCGGGAACCUCACCUUGCACUUGCUUGGCGAGAUGCCCCUGGAGCCCAGCUUUCCUUCAGUUCAAUAGUUUGGUAUCCAGUUGGCCCUAAGAGGUCUCUGUGACUGUCUCUCCCAGCUCCCCGCUAUGUUACCCCCAUCACAGCGCCCCUCAUUUCAAACUACUCAUACUGCUGAGCAGGGAGGCAGCCUGGUCCACCUUGUGCACAAUUCUAUUAUUUCUCGGUACCAGUUGCUGGAGCUCAAUAAAUGUUUGUGAAAUGAAUAAA